AUGGGCAAUAUCCUAUCUUCUUCUUUUUGGUUUUCUUCUACAAGUGAUAAUUUAAUAUCAUCAAGUUUAAUAUCAUCUCAACUUAUUCAUCGUCAUACACUUUCUACAUGUUAUGAUUCAAUAUUUGAUGUAUCGUUAUCAACAAAAUCCAAUUCAAUACUUCUAAGUGACGAUGGUAGACUUCGACUAUUUAACAUCGAUCUAGAAAAUGGUGGUCAACUAAUUGAAACAACCACAGUAUCCACAAAAUUAUCGACUCACGAGCAAAUGCAUGAUAUUGUGUGGAGUUCAAAUCUCGACCGUUUUCUUGUUCUGACAUCGAAACGUUUAGCAACAUUUGAUGAUGAAAAUAAUUUAAUUAAUCUUAAUCUUGAACUUGAAAAAGGUAGUCCUCCAUUCUGGCGUAUGGCUUGUUGGUCAUCGCAUCUUAUUGUAAAUCUUGGUUUAGGUACAUCGAUUCGUUAUCAUAGAUUAACGUCAUCAAUAUCGUCACUUCCUUUAAUUAAUUCUUUUACACGCUCGUCUCUGGGCUAUACAGAUUCCGAUUUACUUUCAUCAAUGGCACUUAGUCCACAAUUAGUUCUUGCUAUUAAUGUUGAGUUAAAUGAUAAUCAUCAUGUUAUUGAUUUAUUUUCUAUCAAUGAGACAACGAAAUUUCAACAUCUGAAACGUUUCAAUUCCUAUGAGCCAUGUUCAUUCGAUCUCAUCACAUCGUUACGUAACUGUACGUGGCUGUGCAAAUCUCAUUGGCCAUCAGAUGAUUGUUUAUGUAUAAUUGAAUCGAAUGGUCAAGUUAAUAAAAUUGAUUUAUCAGAACAAAAUGGUUAUAUUCUUAAUCUAAGAUUAUUAGCAGAUCGGUCGCAUUUAGUUAUUGUACGAACACCCAAUAAAUUACCAAAAGAAAUUGCUAUUUCAGAUUUGAAUAAAAUCGACAUAGACGAAGACGAACAAUCAAAACAUGGACAUAGACGACAAAUUAUUGGCAAACUACCGGGAAAUCUUUUAUUAGAGAUUUAUAAAGUUCCAUCGGCAUCGAAAUAA